UCCGCGUUCUUCGUCCCUUGGAGGCGCCGUGGAAACAAGCUUUUGCUUGUGGGGUCCCGGACGGAAGGGGAUGCUGUACACAGCAAGCUCUCGAGCGGCGAAGAAGAAGAAGAAGAGCAAGGAAACUUGGCGUGCCGUAAGAGUGUGCAAUUAGCGCAAGCAACGCUUCUUAUCCCCGAGAAGAAAGAAGAGACGGGCGAGCGAGAGCACUGUUUUCUAAUGGGGCGGCUACUUGGAGAAUCAUGAGCGAUCCCAACGGACAUCAAACAAUGCCUGGAUUUCUUUCCGGUGGCGCUCAUGCGUCUCGCCGCAACCAUGCACAACAAAAAGCAGGCGUGCAUGAUUCGGGACAAAUCGGUGUGCGGUGUGCGGUGUGCCUUGAAUCUCACGGUUGUGCUUCUACUUUUCAUGAAGAACACAAAGCCCCACCCGAGCCAAGUGAGAGAGAGAGAGAGAGAGACAAACACAAACACAAGACACACAGAGAGGAGGGAGAGUGGCACAGGGGACCCUCCAUGUUUGCAAAAUGCCCAGCACAAAAAGUUUAUACAGCAAUUUCUCACGAGAAAAAGUUGCAGGCCCGCGGCUGUGAACACAUGUGAAAAAGCGGAGGGGGAAAAAGGAAGGUUUUUUCUCCUUUCUCAAGGCUGCCUUUGCUGCAACUGGGAGGAGACAUGGAGGGUGGCAACUUUUCUUACCACACAGCUUGAAACUACCUUUUCCAUCAAUGCCUUCAGAUUUAGGGCAAAUAUUUCCAUUUUUAUGGUUAAUUUGGCUUAAAGUGUUUAACCUUUAGUGUUUUGUU